UUUCAGGUGAAAAUAAAUAAAAAAAGGAAAAUACAGGAAAGUGUAUAUGAAGAUGAGGAGGGCUGGUGGUUAUGCGCAGCCUGGCAUGCAAAACAGCUAUGACAUGGUUGAAGAAGAAAAUGAAAGAAUGAUGGGCACUUUGUCAAGCAAAGUGAAGGAAUUAAAAAGUUUAUCUAUUGAUAUCGGCCAAGAAGUGAGAUACCAAAACAAUAUGUUAAACGACAUGGACCAAGAAUUCUCCACCGUGGAUUCCUUCUUGCAAGGCACUAUGGGAAGGUUAAAAGCGCUUACUAAAAAGGGCCAUCAUAAGCUAUUGUGUUAUGUUUUGCUAUUUUGUUUUUGCGUGAUGAUGGUGGCUUGGUUUAUUGUGAGAUUUCGAUAAAAACUCAAUAAAGAACGACAUCAUGGUUUAGUAUACCUGGCGUAUGUGCCUGAUACGUUCGCUUCUCAUUCCACGCAUGCGUAUUAUGCAACAAAAGAAACUCCCGUAAUUGAUUUCCGGGGUUUUUUAAAUUCUGAGGAGGAGAUGAAGCGAGCUUCUUUGCUCCUAUUUGUGAAGAUGCUUAGAGAGAUAAAAAGAUAAAAUUGGUGAUUUAGUUUUUUUUAUUGACCACAAGAGUCCUGGCAUAAAUAUAUACCCUUGCUAAUUCAAUAUUUGAAUUUGAAAAGUCUGUUUGAAAAUUAAUUUAAUUGUUGAAAUUUAAAACAUGUACAUAACAAUAUAAUUUAUUAUAUAAAUUAUUUUCAGUCGCGUCGUGCUUCUCUUAACCUCUCUCUUAACGAGUACUCGAAGUGUACGAAUGACAACUUGAAGAAAUUUUAUGGUUUGAAACACUUGUAUUUUCUAAUUUUUAUUGAUUUAUUUUUUAAAUUUGAAUUUUCUUAAUUUGAUUCGGUUUAAAGAAUUCCUGUUUUCUUGGCAUUGGCUGGUUACAGUUAAAUGAACUGUAUCUUAUCGGAUAAAGUUGUACAAAAACUCUUAAAAAUUUGGUCAUCUUUGUUCAUCUCUCAACCUACUCGUAAUAUAAUAUAGACUGAAAAUUUUCAAGAAAAAAACAACAAAGAUUUUUAUUCUUUAAUUGCUAUGUCAUAAGAUUCAUCAAAUGCAAGAUCUUUCAUCGUUUUGAAAAAAGAUAUUGCAUUUCACGUUUCCACACUCGGCUAUUGCUUUCUUGCUUUCUAAUGUUCCAAGAUUUUAUUAUCUCUCUGGCUUUUCUUUGACAGGAUUGUCCUCGUACUUUUCUUUUUCUGAGCUCGUUUUACGAUUUCGUUCUUUCGUUUUUUUUCAUGUUCAACUUAAGGAGAUGGUUUUCUCCCGAUUACUUUCCAACUUUGCUAUCACUUUCAUCUGACGAUUUUUAGAUUAGCAGAUUAAUUUCUGCGUUGGUCUGAUAAUAAUUUUUUCCUUUUUUUUUCAUUUUUCCACACAAAUAGAGUUUAGAAAGUAACUCCCUCAUGUUUAAAUGAGUAAUAUAGCGGGGGCGUUUGAAAUUUAAUGUCUGGCAGGAAUAGGGGAAGGUGUGUGUCUUUAAGGGAAUUUACUGUUCCAUUGAUAUUACCAUUCUCUUCUUUCUCGUGCGGAUGUGUGCAAGUGUCUUGAUUUGUUGGACAAAUGUUUUAAUUACACACCAAUACGAAUGAAUCUCUUGAGUUUUUGCCAGUUUCAAUUUCAACGUGCACUUUUUCACAACUUUAGUCGUAAUACAAUAAUAACCGAUUAGCCCCGGCUGUACCGCAAAAUAUCUUCCAUACCAAAUGCUGUCUGAGCUUACGAGGUCUGUGUAACGACUGACGCAAGAAGUAUUUACAGUAACUGGAAUAACGAAUAAGAUAAAAACAUUGUGGCUUCACGAUAAAAUACCAAUA